AUGAACGAAACAAAGAAGAUCGUCGCUGUCGACACCGAGCGGCUGGACACCAGCCAAGAGCACUCGGACAAGGCCGAGGCGCCCUUUGUCAAGCACACCAAAGAGGGCUUUCUUUUAGUGCCCCAGCCGAGCGAUGACCCAGACGAUCCACUGAACUGGAGCUUCUCCAAGAAGCAUGUCGCCUUGUUCUUUCUCGCUAUGGAGUCGCUGCUGGUCAAGUUCUCGGCCACCCUGAUUUCUCCCGGCGCCCGCACUCUGGCCCACCUCUUCCAUGUUCCCCUCUCCAAGGCCACCUAUAUCGGCUCCGCGCCCACCAUCAUGAACGCCGUCGGCCCCUUCUUCUGGAUCCCCAUCAGCCACCGGAUCGGGCGCCGUCCCGUCCUCCUGAUGAGUCAGAUCAUCGCUAUGGUCGCUGCCAUCGGUGUCGGUCGCUCCGAGACCUACGCCCAGGCCCUCGGCUGUCGUAUGGUCAUGGGUUUCGGCGGAAGCGCUGGCCUGUGCAUCGGUCCCGCUGCUAUUUCGGAUAUGUUUUUUUUGCACGAAAAGGGAACCCGCAUGGGCAUCCAAAGCAUCUUGCUAGUCGUCGCUCCGUAUGUCGGCGGUGUUGCUGGUGGCUCCAUUCAGUACAACUCCAAACUCGGCUGGCGAUGGUCUAUGUACGUCUCUGCCAUCUGCUACUCGGCCCAAUUUGUCUGCCAGUUCUUCUUUGUGCCCGAGACCAUCUACGAGCGUGAAGUCGCCGCGGCCGAGUUGCCCGAGCAGAAAAAGACGAUCUGGCGCCGUCUCGGCUUCCGCAUGCCCACGAACCCCUCGGGCGAGACCUGGCUGCAGACCUUCCGCCGCCCCUUUGUCAUGUUUGCCUACCCGGCUGUCGUGCUGCCGUCCUUCUGGGCCUCCGUCGCCGUCAUGACCGAGGUCGCCAACACGGCCGGAUUUGCCAUCAACUUUGGUGCCAGCAGCCGCUUCCACUUCAACACCGCCCAGGUCGGCUUCUGCUUCAUCUCCGGCCUCAUCGGAGCCUUUACUGGCGAGGUGUGCGCCGGACCGCUCUGUGACAUGGCCGUCAGGAACUCGUUGCGCCGCAAUCAGGUCUGGCGCGCCGAGAAGCUGCUAAAGCUGGCCAUCACCGGACUUGUCACGAUAUUUGCCGGCCUCAUGCUUUACGGCUUUGAGCUUGAGAGCAGCAAGGCCUGGGCUCGUCCCCUCGCCGGCAUGAUCCUCUUCGUCUUCGGCCAGGAGGUCGUCGUCACCAUCAUCAUGACAUACAUGACCGACUGCUAUCCUGAACAUGCUGCCGAGGUCGCCGUCGUCUUCCAGUUCUUCUUCAACCUCAUGUGCUACCACCCGCCGUUUUACACACCCCAGUGGAUCGCCAGUGCAGGCUCUAAGGUUCCGUACAUUGUGUAUGCUGUCCUUCCAGUCGGCCUGUUUCCUAUCCUGAUCGGUCCGUUUAUGUGGAAAGGCUCUCAGAUUCGUGAAAAGGGCCCUCUUUUCAGAUUCAUUUCCUUCAAAAGAAAAGCUACGAAGACGUCCUUCAAGGCAUCUUCCAAGAAGUUUUUCAAGAAAUUGUUGGGACGCGAAAAGAAGGACAUCGCCAGCAAUUUCCCCUCGCAAGGCGAAGUUGUAUUUCAUCCCCCAGCAGCAAAAGAAGAAUCCAACAUCGAAGCAGCGUCAGAAGAGCCCUUUGCCUCCACCCUCUCAAAUACCCCAUCAGUUCAAGCAAAUAUUGUCAGUUCGUCUUCCCAAAAUGCCGUGCCACAAACCGACGACAUUCCCUCCACCCCAGAAGCAGCGACAGAGGCGCUCACGGUGUCUCCCCACCCCAUCUCGAACACCUCCCUAAUUGUAGCGGACAAUGCUGCAAACCCGGUUUCGGAAAAUGUCGUGCUGUCUGCGCCACAAACCGACGAUAUUGCCUCCACCCCGCCUCCCACUACCGCCGAAGCCUCUCCCAGCGACGAACUAUGGACAAGAGCGUUUGGGCUGUUUCGAGAGAAGGAGCCCGAGCUUGCCAGGGAUUACAUGACGCACUUAGCAACCCUGCACAACUCGGUGGACAGUGUAGAUCUGUCGGCAUCUCGGUCGGUCAAAGAUCUCGUAGACCGACUGCUCGAAAAACGAGAGGAGAAGCUAUGGAAGGUUUCGAUCUUGGGAAAAAGUGUGAAGAUCCGGGAACAGACCGAGAAGCUGGUCAGGCUUCUCGUUUUUUUUGAUCCCGUGGUAAAGGAAGCCGUCAGCUCCCAGCCAUACGCCGCUCUGGCAUGGUCUGGCGUCUCGCUGAUUUUGCCUCUGCUUACGAGCGGAACGACGCAAAACGAAGCCAUGCUAAAGGGUUUCGACACGAUUGGCAACGAACAGCUCUACUGGAAUAUCUGCGAAAAAACAUACCUCGAGUCCGCAGAGCACGAAAUCUACAAACCGCUGGUCGAGCCGCUCGCCCAGCUUUAUUCCGACAUGAUAGCAUUCCAGGCCCUUGCCAUAUGCCAUUAUUCCAAGGCCCAGCUCUCUCGCGCCUGGGAGAACAUCGCGGGCAGCAACGAUUGGGACGUCAGAGCAAACAAGAUUGAAAAGCAAAGCACGAAUAUCCAACGCAAUAUCUUGAAUCUGGACAAGCAAGAGAUUCGAAUUCUAUGGAAUACGCAGCUGCAAGGGAUACAGGAGUCGCAGUUUGCACUUAACGACGUACGCCAAAUUCUCAGUGAAAACAACAGACUAAAUCAGAAACGCUAUGAUGACGAAAAGGAAAGAGAACUCCUCAAAGAGCUUGCAUCAGCCUACGAGAGUUACAAGAACUUCAACAAGCAAAGAGUGGAAGGCACAUGUGAAUGGUUCUUCAACGACAACAGAUUCCGCACAUGGCGAGACUCUAAGAUGUCGAGCCUGCUCUGGGUUUCUGCUGGUCCAGGCUGUGGGAAAUCUGUCCUAUCCCGAGCUUUGGUUGACGAACACCGACUUUCCACCAAUGCUGCUACAUCGACUGUCUGCCACUUCUUCUUCAAGGACGGAGACGCUCGUCGCUUACGCAGCACUGCCGCUUUGUGCGCCGUGCUCCAUCAGCUCUUCACCCAAGACCAUACUGGAAGCCUGAUAAAACAUGCGCUGCCUAGCUACAAUGAGGGCAUGGCUUUAAGAAACAACUUUCCGGGGUUGUGGAAAAUCCUCAUAAACUGUGCUAAUUCUCCAGAAGCGGGACAAAUCAUUUGUGUCCUAGAUGCCCUGGACGAGUGCGAAAUACAAAGCAGAAACGAACUAAUUGGAGAGCUGAAAAGGUUCUACUGUGAACAAAGAGAACUGGCGAAAUCUUCAACGCUGAUGUUUCUGAUCACAAGUCGUCCUUACGCUGAUUUGGAGUUUGCAUUUCUUAAAUUUAACACAACGACUUACUUACGUUUUGAUGGCGAUGAGAAAUCAGCCGACAUUGGAAAGGAAAUCAGCCUGGUCAUUGACGAGCGCGUGAACACAGUAGCAGCAAGCUUUUCUGAAAAGCACCGUCUCGAACUUGCGGACCACCUCAAGAGCAUGGAAAACCGCACAUACCUCUGGCUUCAUCUUGUGUUUAGCAUAAUCGAAGGAAAUUUUUCCUACUCGAGGCCGCUAGACAUCAAAAAACUCCUCUCUCAGAUCCCACCAGAGGUGUCUGGAGCAUAUGAACAGAUCUUGGAUAAGAGUUCGAACAAAGAUUUGACCAUGAAGCUUCUCCAGCUUGUCCUUGCGGCGGAGCACCCGCUGACUCUCGACGAGGUCAACAUUGCGCUGGCAUUGGCUGAUAGUCCUCAGGACUCGGCCGCAGAGCUGAAGUCUGCGCUGUGGCCAAAGGGCAACUUUCAGACUACAGUCCGAAACUUCUGUGGUCUUUUCGUCAGCGUCUACGACUCGAAACUCUUCUUUAUCCACCAGACCGCCAGAGAGUUUCUUCUCAGCUCUGAGCGAGAUGGAAAUUGGAAAGGCCAUUUCGCAUUACCGGAGUGUCACAGCAUCUUGUCUCGUGUUUGCAUCGACUACUUGCUAUUUCCUGAUCUUGUUGAGCACCCGUUGAUUGUCGAGGACGAAGAAAACGAGAAAGAAACAAGACCAUCAUUCUUUGAAUACGCUGCCCGGUAUUGGACUUCACACUACAACUCGCAAGAAGACGCAAAUGCGUACAAAUCACGAAAGGAUGCUUGCAUGCUCUGUCACAAGAUCAACAUAGAACCAAUGGAUACCACCAAAACGUCAGCGCUCCAAGCAGCAUCAUUACAAGGCCAACUUAAGACUAUACGGCUUCUAAUCGACCGCGGUGCCAACGUUAACCUUCAAGGCGGAGAUUACGGUUCGGCUCUCCAAGCAGCAUCGAGGAACGGCUACACGGAGAUUGUACAGAUACUGCUUAACAGCGGUGCCGACGUUAACUUGGACGGCGGAGCAGCGCUUAAAGCAGCAUCGAGGAACGGCCACACGGAGAUUGUACAAAUACUGCUUAACAGCGGUGCCGACGUUAACCUUCAAGGUGGAGAAUACGGUUCGGCUCUCCAAGCAGCAUCGAGCUUUGGCUACAAAGAGGUUGUACAAAUACUGCUUAACAGCGGUGCCGACGUUAACCUUCAAGGCGGAGAAUACGGUUCGGCUCUCCAAGCAGCAUCGAUAUUUCGCCACAAAGAGGUUGUACAAAUACUGCUUAACAGCGGUGCCGACGUUAACUUGGACGGCGGAGCAGCGCUUAAAGCAGCAUCGAGGAAAGGCCAGACGGAGAUUGUAGAGAUGCUGCAUGCUAGUGCUAACAACAAGACGGAAGAACUCUGA